AUGGACUGGAGCCAGUGGCAAUUGCUUGAUUCCAUUCUCCCUACUGGUGGGUUUGCUCAUUCUUUCGGAUUGGAAGCAGCCAUUCAAGCCCGUAUAGUCUCCACUCCCGACGAACUUCGAACCCACCUGAUUCAUCUUUUGGAGAACACUGCCAGCCUGCUUCUUCCGUUCGUCCACUCUGCCACCACAAAUCCAAGUGCAGAUAACUUGCGGAAGCUGGACGCACUGCUGGAUGCGACUCUAAGCAAUGAGGUUAGCAGGAAGGCAUCUACUUCACAAGGAUCCGCAUUGAUGAGAGUGGCUGCAUCAGUUUUCACAGAAAUCCCAUCUCUCAAAACCACCAGAGAUGCAUGUCUUACUUCGAACUUUCACUUCCACCAUGCUCCUGUGUUUGGCCUCAUUUGUGGACUUCUAGGGAUGGAUCCCAAGACUUCUCAAAGGGGUUACUUGUUUAUCACACUGAGAGAUUCCAUAUCUGCUGCAACCAGGUUGAAUUUAGUAGGACCACUUGGUGCGGCUGUGUUGCAACAUCAAGUUGCAGCCAUCGCUGAGACUAUACUAAAACAGUGGGCCGAUCGUCCUGUCGAGGAAGCAUGCCAGACGUCUCCUUUGCUUGAUACUUUCCAGGGAUUCCAUAGCUAUUUGUUCUCUAGAUUGUUCUGCUCUUGA